UGAGAUGUCUUCGGUUUGUAUCUAGCAAUCAAAUUAGCGGUGACGCAUUGAUUAACAUGGCCAAGAAAGCCGUCAUGCUGGAAGAACUUGAAACAUACAAUUGUUCUUUUUCAAAGGAUACGCUUAAAGGUGUUGGGAAUGCAUGCCCUCAAUUAAGAUCGUUCCGGCUCAACAGUCGAGGCUACUGCCGGCAACUAGGCAUGGAGUAUGAUGAUAAGGCACUAGCCAUUGCAGAGAAUAUGCCUGAACUGCGUCAUCUUCAUCUUUUGGGGAAUAAAUUGACAAAUGUGGGCUUGAAAGCAAUUCUCGACGGCUGCCUGCAUCUUGAAUCUCUCGACCUCCGUCAAUGCUUCAACCUUAAUCUACUAAGGAGUUGUAGAGAUAGGCUUAUUAAGGCAAGGCUCCCGAAUGACUCCACUGAUGACGAUGAAUUAGAUGACUAUGAAUCCUCUGAGGACAACUACAUCUGCUAUGCCGAUGUCGACUUUCUGUGUUCUGAGUAUUAUUAAUCUGCUAUGCCGAUGUCGGCUUUCUGUAUUGUGAGUAUUAUUAACCAGGGGUGUGCAUAAAAUACGGAACCGCGGAUUUCAUCCGUAAUUGUCCGUAAAAUAGGGGUGAAAACCAAUCCGUAAUAGUCUAUGGACCGGACACGGGUGAGUUUUCA